AUGCUGAGCCUCAAGUUGCCUCGACUGCUCAGUGUCCACCAAGUGCCUAAGGGGUACCAAGAGCAGGGGAUCCUCUUUGGGUACCGCCCCCCCAGCAGCUCAGCAGCAGAUUGUCUCCUCAGCGUCUUCCAGAUGACCAAUGAGACCCUCAACAUCUGGACACACUUCGUGCCUGCCUGGUACUUCGUGUGGACACUGGUGGGGCAGCUGAGGGGACCAGAGGCACAGGAGGACCCUCAUGCCUGGCCUCUCCUUGCCUACCUGCUGACCUGCUGCAUCUACCCCUUGGCCUCCAGCUGUGCCCACACCUUCAGCACCAUGUCCACUCGUGCCAGACACAUCUGCUACUUCUUUGACUACGCAGCACUCAGCAUGUACAGCUUGGGAUCUGCCCUGGCUUACUCAGCUUACAUCUUCCCAGAGGAAUGGAUCGACAGCACAUUCCAUCACUGCUAUGUGCCCAUGGCAGUGCUGAACACUGUGCUCAGCACCAGCCUGUCCUGCUACUCCAGGUUCCUAGAGGUGGAGCAUCCCAGGCUUAGCAAAGCUUCUCGCACGUUGGCCUUUGUGUACCCAUACCUCUUCGACAGCAUCCCCCUCUUCUACAGGUUCUACCUGUGCAUGGCUGAAGGUUGCUCAGAGGGUUCCAUCCUGCUGCACUACAAGCACACAGUCUGUGCCUUCCUCACCUGCUUCAUCUUCGCCAGUCACCUGCCAGAGAGACUUGCCCCAGGCCACUUCGACUAUAUUGGACACAGCCAUCAAGUGUUCCACGUCUGCGGCAUCCUGGGCACCCACUUCCAGCUGGAAGCCAUCAUGCUGGACAUGGCUGAGAGGCACAGCUUGGCCCUUUCCCUGCCUCCCUCCUCCCUGCAGACCCUCAUCCAUGGCCAUCAGCAUGGCCUUGA